GCUUUAUGGACACGAGAUUGGCUUGAAAUGCUUGUUUUAGCCAGCUUGGAAGGGAAGUACUCAAAAUUAUUUCUGAGCAUACACUGAGCAUCUUGGCUCUGAGCACUGAAGCUCUGCUGCCAGCCUCUGUGCAACUAAGUACUGUAAAUAUUUAAAUGCUAGAGAUUGGCAGCAACUUUCUUUCAAAGUGGCAAAUGUAAUAGAGGAAAGGCAGCUGGAUGAUGGAUGCUUUCCUUGAACUCUCUGGAUAUUCUCCAUCAGCCAGAUCGUGGAGGCCACAACGGUGCCGUUUUCCAAAAGGAAACAGAUUUUUCUUGAUUUUAUUGCAGGAAAACAUUCUGCUUCUCAUCCAGGAAGCUUCUUUUUCAGUUCAGUUCUUCAGUGCUUUACUUCUUCAGAAGGUCUUCAGAACUGAAGAGGUUUCUUGGGUGAGAAGCGAAAGUUUUUCAAAGAAAGAAACGAGUCCAAAAAGUUGCCUUUUAGAAAAAGCACCCUUGGGCGCUAUCCUGGAAGGCUGAUGUAGAACCUCUACGUUCGGGAUAGCCUGCCUGAAUCCUAGGAGCUGGUGAUUGGGAGAGCAGAGUAGGCUUGAAUGUGGACCUUUUUGGAAGCAAUUUGCCAAAUUUGGGGAUCUUCACCCAACUCAAUAAAGUAAGAAUACUGUUUUUGAUGAAGCUAAAUUGAAGAAGCUGGACAUCUCCAGAUGUUGGUGAAAGACUGCCUCUCUUGUUCUUGGCAGUUGAUCAUACUGGUGUGGGGUGUCCAACAACAUCUGGAGCACUGCAGCUCUUCUACCCUGUAUGAAGGAUCUGAUAAGUUCAUUUGUGAGGGAUAAGCUCCCUUCACCACGGCAAGAGAGAAAACACAGAGUAACAUCAUCAGUGCUAUAGUGUAUAAAUAUCACUGCUGUAGCACUGAAGAUGUUACUAAUUUGGGUAAUGAAACGUCUGCAAGAAAACAACCAAGCUCAGAGAGUGCCACGGACCCCUCAAUUUAACCAUGAGUUACAAAUAUUCUUCUUUAUUGGCAUGAUCAUCAUUUAGAUUAUUUUGUGCCUUUUCAUUUAGAUUAUGUUGGGCUGGAGCCGGGAUAGGCAACCUUGGCUCUUUUAUGACUCGUGGACUUCAACUCCCAGAAUCCCUGAGCCAGCAUGGCUAGAAGAUAAAGACACGUGUGCCAUGAAGUUAGAUUGGAAUCAGAAUGCCCAUCAACUUCUCAAAUUAUAUCUGGAGGGCAGAAUCAGAUGGUUUUCUGGAAGCGUCCUACAGCCCACUAUUCUUCCACCCUCACGUCAAAGGAUCCCAGAUUUUUAUGGAUGAAUCUUGCUGUACAGUAAGUAGAAUGGACACCUUCCAUGAUGGCAUCGUCUUCUCCAACCGACCCGUAGAACUUUAUGAGAAAGUGACUUUGAAAAUCUUACAAGUCGACCAGAAAUGGCAGGGUGGCCUACGGGUGGGCUUCACCUGGAAAAACCCUUGCCUUCGCUUUGGUCCCUUGCCUCCAUUUGUGUGCCCAGACUUGGUCAUCCAAGGGAAGACUUGCGCAGGUGUUGUACCAGAUGAAUAUAUAGCAGAAGAUAACAUUAUCAGCUUCUGGGUGGACGGCCAGGGCUGUGUUUUCUGCAGCAUCAACCUUGAGGCUGAAAGAUCCCUCCUCUUCAAGGGUGUCUCGGUUCAGUCUCCUCUCUGGGCUGUUGUGGACGUCUAUGGAAGAACCAAAGCAGUCCAACUUCUCGAUUCCCCCAGCCUGGGCUUCCAGGGAGGAGCUGAAGAAAGCACUGCGGAAGAUUGCAUGGUCUGCUGUGAGUCUCAGGCCAGCACCAUGAUGUUCCCUUGCUGCCACACCGGCUUCUGCUCCAGCUGCUCCUUGAAGAUUUUCAGGACCAGCGGCCGCUGCCCUCUCUGUCGGGAGAAGGUGAAGAAAAUCCUCCAGAUCUCCACUUUGGCAGAGAGCGAGGGCCUGCCAAGCUGGUUGGGAAAAUCAGUGAGUGACAGUUCCCUGCGGUGACAAAACGUGCACUAUUGCGGUGUGCCAGAAAUAUGUCAGUCCUAGCAGGAAAAGGCAAGAAUUGGAGGGUCGAAGAAAGCAAUCGGGAAGAAACCCCCCCCCAAAAAAGGCGGGAAAAAGCAGUGUUUGGUUAAAAGGGACAGAAGCAAUGAAUAAGGAUGUUAGAGGGAUAAAUGAUCUGAUCGCUGAAAGCACUGGAGACGCACAUAGGAUAUGCGAGAAAGCAGCAUCCAAAAACUUUUUGUUUUUUAAAAAAAGACGGUGGUCCUCACACUCGCCCGCUGGCACAAGAUUGAUAAGCUUUGAAACUUACUUCCAGGACUUUCCCAGCAGGGGCAUCACCAGCCCUGUCUGCUCUCAGAGCCACAAGAAUUAGUGGAAGGGCUUAUUGAAAAUUUCUAAGGCUACGCCAGCCGUCAAAAAAUGUUAUUAGCCAGGGAAUUCUUCCUGGGCAAAAGACAAUUGACAGGUUAAUCAAAACCUUUGGAAAUUCUGCUUAAAUCUGCUACCUGUCUUGGCUUGCUUGUGAUAUUGAUGUUGCCUGAGAAUGAGAGAAUUUUAUCUUUCAGAAAACACAAUCUUAUUCAACCAAACAGCUGCGGCCUUCGGGAAGAGGGGGAGUAUGACCAGGCUUGUAAAUAAACAGCGUUGCAAGAACAAACAGUCAAAUUCCAAACUUAAGGAGUCACCAGAAGGAGCGAAGAGACAUUAAAAGAGGAAUUCUUGAAAGCGAAAAACUCUUUAUUGUUUCUCCUGCUCAGUGAGAUGGGAACUCCUUUUGCAGGAAACAUCUGGAGAUUUAGGCCUUCCAGACCAAAGACAAAGGGAUAAUUUCCUGUGAUUCGUUGUUACAAGAUCAAAAUCAAACCAUCUCAAAGUCGGCAGGGCUUGUACGUUGAGUACAUUGAAAGCUAAGAGGGAGAAAAUAAAUAAACAGACAAACAAACGCCUCUUGCAAUCUUAAAUGAUCAAGUUUUGGCAGAGGUUUCUUGACCAGAGGCACUAUGUUGAGUAUCUUUUGGCCUAUGAAGAUUGCAAAAAUGGUGCAAGCUUUCUGGUUUUUCCAGACCCCUUUAGGCGCAAUCCAACUAUCCGUCAUAGCUGUGUCAUAUCAUGUCAUAGUCUAAAACAAAAUUGGGUCCUGGCCUUAUGCGAAAAUCAAAGUUUGCCCAGAAAUCCCUCAUUCUCGCAUUUUGGGGAAUUAAAAAAGAAAUCAUUUAUUAAACUUAAAACAGUUCUAUCUUCUGAACGACAGACAUUUCUUAACAGAGUGGGGUAGGUACAUGGUGGGUACUGAUAACUUUCUGCCUUGGAAGAAAAAUGAAUGACAAUUGCAAUUGAAUUGUUUUCAAUCUUCUCUUAAAAGACACAAGUCAGAACCAAUAAAAAAAAUCAGUAAUAUAAUGCUGUGAAGAAUUCAGAAUAGAAACAACUGGAAAUUUGAAGUAUUUUAGAGUAGAUUUUCUAAAUGGCAAGAAGUCAACCUAUAUCAUCGGUUUCUGUUAAUGAUGUUCUUUUUUGUACUUGCUUCUCUGUAAAAAUCUGUAAUUUCUAGAAAGAAUUUGUAAUAAACCAUUGAGAUAUCA